AUGCUCUUCAGCGUUGCCACCGCCGCCCUCGCGGCUCUCUCCCUCGCCAACCCGGUCGACGCGGCACAGUUCGUCAUUCCCGCCGCCACCCUCGCCUCGACGCGUAUCGACCCCAUCGUCAACCCUGGUACUAUCGGAGGCCAUGUCCACUCGCUCAUGGGCGCAUCCAACAUUCGCGACGUGCUCAACACCCCAGAGGAACAACUUCGUGCUCAGUGCAGCUCGGCCAAGGUCCAGGACGACAAGUCGAGCUACUGGGUUCCCACUCUUUACUACAUCCGCAAGGAUGGCACGUACGAGGGCAUGGCUCACCAGACCCGUGUUUACUACACGUUCUCUGACCAGGUCACCCCUUGGCCCUCGGGCAUGCGCAUCGUCACCGGCGACGCCAUGAACCGCAACAUGCAGCGCUCCAAGACCCGUGGUAUCAAGAUGGACUUUGCCGCACUCCCUCGCGACAAGUGGGAGAUCUACCUUCCCAACACCACCACCCACCCCGGCUUCCCCGGUGGCCCUCGUGCCGGCAUCGCUUUCCCCUCGUGCGGCUGGGCCAACCAGUCGCUCGACUCGGACGACCACUGGUCGCACCUCGCCUGGCCCAUCAAGACUGGUGGUGGUACCAUCUGGGAGGCUCCGGACUCGUUCGAGUGCCCUGCCUCGCACCCCAUUCGUUACCCCGGCCUGUUCAUCGAGACCAACUACUACCCCUCUCCCGCACAGGAGGCCGAGUGGGGCACUCGCUCGAACCACUUCAUCUUCUCCAACGGUGACAUGCUUGGCACUUCGUACCACGCCGACUUUGUCAAUGGCUGGAAGCCCGAGGUCCUUGCUCAGGCCCUCAAGACCUGCAACGUUGGCGAGAACCUCGCUGCCUGCGCCGCCUUCCAGGCUGGCGGCACUGACGACACUACCAAGAACAACUGCCGUUUCCAGGGUAUGAUCCCCGCCGAGCAGAACGGUUACCAGGAGCCUCUUCAGCACCUGCCCGGUUGCAAUCCCGAGUGGCCCGCCGAC